ACACACACACACACACACAUGCACACGGAUACGCACACACACAGACAUUUCCAUCUGCGAGAGACCGGGAAGGCUUUUCUCCAUGGCAGGACUGACUUGUUAUUAGCUUGGCUGAAGCUGUGGCUGGUGAGAAAGAGGGCAGCUCGCACAUGGGAGAUCUUCUCUGGGCUCUUUGUGUGCUAAGGAACAGAUCUGUGGGAUAAUAUCACCGUGCACUCGCUCAGACCCCCGGAGCACGACUCUCUCUCGCGCUCGCUCUCUCUCUCUCUCUCUCUCUCUCUAUCUGUCUGUCUCUGUCUCUCUCUCGCUGGCUCGCUCUUUCAUGGAAGGACUAUACCACGAUAUUUCACGGAUUUCCUACUACACAGAAUAUGACAGACACCUAGCACACAGCAAAGGCAUGGCGACGGCGGCGUACCUGGACCCUAACCUGAACCACGCUCUGGCCGGGGGGGCCAAGUCGCGCCUCAGCACGGGGACGGAGCGCGCCCCGGCGGCCCCCGACAGGGUUCUGAAGGUCUUCCACCACUUCGGCGACAACAGCGAGCACAGCAAAUGGUCCAGCAACAUCAGGCACGGAGACGGCACUGAUGUCAGGGGAAUCAUCCAGAAGAUUGUGGACAUCCACAAGGUGAAAUGCGUGGCCUGUUUCGGGCUGCGCCUCAGCCACGUGCAGUCCGGCGAGGUGCACUGGCUCCACCCGGACAUGGGCGUGUCCCACGUGAGGGAGAACUACGAGCAGAACAAGCCUCAGGACGAGUGGAGGUAUGAGUUACGGAUCCGCUACCUGCCAAAGGGAUACCUGAAUCAGUUUGCUGAAGACAAGCCCACACUCAACUACUUCUAUCAGCAGGUGAGGAAUGACUAUAUGGUGGAGUUUGCUGAUCAGGUCGAGCAAGACAUUGCACUUAAGCUGGGAUGCCUCGAGAUUCGGAGGUUCUUCAGAGAAAUGAGGGGAAAUGCCCUGGACAAGAAAUCAAACUAUGAACUAUUAGAGAAAGAUGUGGGCCUUAGAAGAUUUUUCCCCAAGAGUUUGCUGGAUUCCGUUAAGGCCAAAUCACUGCGCAAACUGAUCCAGCAGACCUUCAAGCAGUUCGCCAACAUGAACGACGAACAGAGCAUCCUAAAGUUCUUCGAGAUCCUGUGGCCGGUCUACAGAUUUGAUAAGGAGUGUUUCAAAUGUGCUCUUGGGUCGAGCUGGGUGAUCUCUGUGGAGCUGGCCAUCGGGCCGGAGGAGGGAAUCAGCUACCUGACAGACAAAGGCUCAACGCCAACCCAUCUGGCCAACUUCACGCAGGUGCAGACCAUCAAUUACUCAUGCCUGGAGGACAAGGAGCGCAAAGGCAUGCUGCAACUCAAUGUGGCCGGAGCCGCUGAGCCUCUCACAGUGACCACGCCGUCCUUCCCCAUAGCGGAGAACAUGGCCGACCUGAUAGACGGCUACUGUCGGCUGGUCAACGGCGCCACACAGUCCUUCAUCGUCCGACCCCAGAAAGAGGGUGAGAGAGCUCUUCCAUCAAUACCCAAGGUUACCAACAAUGAGAAGCGUAUCGAGGCGGUCCGAGCCGGGGUGCGGGCCAUCUCUGUGUCAGACCUAGUGCCUCAGAGCCCUCCCAAGUCGGCUAAAGCCCGGCGCUUUCUUCUUCCUUUCGUCUUCUGCUCCCGUGAACCUUCACCCAACGAGGAUGUUAGUGGGGAUGAAACUGAUGACUAUGCGGAGAUCAUAGACGAGGAGGAUACCUACACCAUGCCCUCUAUGGCCACAGGAACUGUGCUGCUAUCUACACCUGAGAAUACCACAGCAGAGGGCUAUGGCGUAGUUGAAGCCCGGGACUAUGAGAUCCAGAGGGAGCGGAUCGAGCUGGGCCGCUGCAUCGGGGAGGGACAGUUUGGAGACGUCCAUCAGGGAGUCUACGCCAGCACGGAGAAUCCCACUCUGUCUGUGGCCAUCAAGACCUGUAAGAACUGCACCUCGGACAGCGUCCGCGAGAAGUUCCUACAGGAGGCCUUGACCAUGAGACAGUUUGACCAUCCCAACAUUGUGAAGCUGAUCGGCGUCAUCACAGAAAACCCAGUUUGGAUUAUCAUGGAGCUGUGCACCAUGGGAGAGCUGAGGUCCUUCCUACAAGUCAGGAAAUACAGUCUGGAUCUGGCGUCACUAAUACUCUUUGCGCACCAGCUAAGCACAGCGCUGGCCUAUCUGGAGAGCAAGCGCUUUGUGCACAGGGACAUCGCUGCCAGAAACGUCCUAGUGUCUUCCGCUGACUGUGUGAAACUGGGAGACUUUGGGCUCUCCAGAUACAUGGAGGACAGCUCCUACUACAAAGCCUCCAAAGGGAAACUGCCCAUCAAAUGGAUGGCUCCAGAGUCCAUCAACUUCAGGCGAUUCACCUCCGCCAGUGAUGUGUGGAUGUUUGGUGUGUGCAUGUGGGAGAUCCUCAUGUUCGGCAUCAAGCCCUUCCAGGGUGUGAAGAACAACGACGUAAUCGGGCGGAUCGAGAACGGCGAGCGGCUGGCCAUGCCACCCAACUGCCCCCCGACCCUCUACAGCUUGAUGACCAAGUGCUGGGCCUACGACCCCAGCAAGAGGCCCCGCUUCACGGAGCUCAAGACUCAGCUCAGCACCAUCCUGGACGAGGAGAAGGCUCAGCAGGAGGAGAGGAUGAGGAUGGAGAUGAGGAGGCAGGUCACCGUCUCUUGGGACUCGGGCGGCUCCGACGAGGCUCCCCCUAAACCCAGUAGACCUGGCUACCCCAGUCCUCGCUCCAGUGAGGGCUUCUACCCCAGCCCUCAGCAUGCUGGGCAGCACAACCAUUAUCAGGUGUCUGGUUACCCCUCGCCGCACGGCAGCAUGUCCUCCAUGCCCAGCGGAGGCUACCCCCCUCAGGCCUCCGUCCUGGACCCCCAUGACUCCUGGAACCACCACAGACCACAGGACGUUCCCAUGUGGUCCCCCAAUGUAGAGGACGGAGGGGCUCUAAGCCAGGUGCUGCCCCCCCACCUGAUGGAGGAGCGGCUGAUGAUGCAGCAGCAGCAGAUGGAGGAGGACCAGCGCUGGCUGGAGCAGGAGGAGAGCUUCUUGAAGCCGGAAUCCAGGAACUCGAGGGGCAGCUUUGACCGCGAGGAUGGCAGUCUCCAGGGCCCAACGGGAAACCAGCACAUAUACCAGCCCGUGGGCAAGCCAGAGCAUGCAGCUCCCCCCAAGAAGCCCCCUCGGCCUGGCGCUCCUGGCAUGGGCAGCCUGGCCAGCCUCAACCCCACCGACAGCUACAACGAAGGAGUCAAGCCCUGGAGGAUACAGCCUCAGGAGAUCAGCCCUCCUCCCACAGCGAACCUGGACCGGUCCAACGACAAGGUGUAUGAGAAUGUGACAGGCCUGGUGAAGGCCGUCAUCGAAAUGUCCAGUAAAAUCCAGCCGGCUCCACCCGAGGAGUACGUGCCCAUGGUGAAGGAAGUGGGACUGGCCCUGAGGACUCUGCUGGCCACAGUGGACGAAACCAUUCCCAUCCUUCCCACUAGCACACACAGAGAGAUCGAGAUGGCCCAGAAGCUGUUGAACUCUGACCUGGGUGAGUUAAUCAACAAGAUGAAGUUGGCCCAGCAGUACGUGCUCACCAGUUUGCAGCAGGACUACAAGAAGCAGAUGCUCACCGCCGCUCACGCGCUGGCCGUGGACGCCAAGAACCUCCUGGACGUCAUCGACCAGGCCAGGCUCAAGAUGCUGGCCCAGUCCAGACCGCACUAGCCUAGCCUAGCUUCCCACAGGAGCCUACGAGGUUGUUUCUCAGCGGGAAAAGGGAAGGGGCCAAAGCACAGCAGCACCAGAGACGAUCGCCCUGCGAUGAGGUGGUUUGGGAUUGCAAGCUGGUGCUGUCGAGUGCAAGGACUUUCAGUGCAAAGAAAGGAUAGGACUUUGCCCGUUCUCAUUCCACGCGUUUUUUUGUUUGUUUUGAACACUUGGACUCCUCUUUGCUGCUUCUCCAUUCUCCCGACGGCUGGAGAUCGACAGCAAGAAAAAGAACUCUUUUGUUUUUACUCUUCUGCCUCGUCUUUGUUCGUGAUGAUUCUUUUUUUUGUUUUUGUUUAUUCCGUUCUGUUUGUAUCCUGAGGUGAAUUUUAUUUCAGGUGGAGGCGACAGAUACCCUUCCUCCCCUCAGUGCAAAAUUCAACUAGCUGGAAAACAGCAUCAACUGGAACCCAUGAAGGAGCUCUUCUCUUGUUUUUCCAUUGCUGUCCAGUUCUGGGCAAUCCCAAAGUUUGACACUUUUAUUGUAUCUACUCAGACACAUUUCUUUUUUUUUUAUGUCCAAUAGUAUCUCAGCCUAUAUGCUAGUCCCUGCAUUCUGGAUUUAAAAUAUCUAUUUUGGAGGCUAUUUCAAUGCUCUUAUUCCCCCUGUUGUGUAGGCUCAGGGUUAUCCUCAACAACAAAUGGAAAUCCUAUUUCCUUACUGAACAAAUAUCACACCACUUUCUAAGUUAACUAAUAAGAGUAUAAAAAUAAAUAUAUUUUUAAGUGGACAGAACUUCUGGGGUGAACGUUGUUGAUGACUGUUGGAAGGAGCCUGUAAGGAGGCAUGCCUAUAUAUUGAAAGGAUGGUUCAUGCUUCCAAGGCUGAGGUGAAGAAAGGCGAACAGCAUCGCUGCUUACGGCAGUCAUGGUCAAUAGAAAACGAGCACAUCACUGCUAGAAACAAGAUUCAUUUGCAGUUCUCCAGAUAAACAUGUUACUUUAUAUAUAUUUAAGCCAUGUUUUCCUAUUUGACCUACCCUUUUAUUACUUCCCUUGACAGAGGGGUGGAUGAAGAUCUCUCCUUGGGUUUGGGUCACUCUUGCUCCCACGUGUACAGUACAAUCUAUUAAUGAGAUCACUAGUCAUUUUGGGUAUAAAUUAUUCUCAGGAAGAAUUGACUGUACAGUUCCUUUAACUAAUAAAAAUGUGUUAUCUGUA